UUUCUUAAAAAUUUCAAAUUAAAACUUGUAAACUUUAAGCUAAGUUACUAUCGACCUACUAUCCUUGAGUGCAAGAACUUUGAAAAUUUUGUCGGAACUUAUAACUUGACCCAACUUGUGCCAAUGGUAGUUGAGGAAACGCCGAGAGGAGAAAGAUAUGCGGAUAUUUUCUCAAGAUUACUAAGAGAGCGGAUAAUAUGUCUGAUGGGGCCAGUAGAUGAUUACUCGUCUGCCUUAAUUGUUGCCCAGUUGCUCUAUCUCGAGGCAGAGAACCCUAAUAGACCUAUUAGCAUGUAUAUAAAUAGCCCAGGUGGCUGCAUUACUUCCGGAAUGGGCAUCUACGACACAAUGCAGUACAUCAAACCCGCUGUGACGACGGUGUGCAUUGGGCAGGCGUGCAGUAUGGGUUCGCUUCUCUUGACGUCCGGAGAGAAGGGCAGACGGCACGCGUUGCCGUAUGCGCGAGUGAUGAUCCACCAGCCGUCGGGGGCGCCUACGGACAAGCAAGUGACAUUGCCAUUCAAGCGAAGGAAAUCUUAAAGAUGAGAUCGCUGAUCAAUGAUCUCUAUGUCCACCACACUGGACAAGACUUGAAGACUAUUGAAGCGGCUGUGGAUCGAGAUACUUUUAUGUCUGCUCAGCAGGCUUUGGAUUUCGGGCUGAUCGACUCAAUACUAACGAAAAGAUCCGAUGACGACGGGAAAAGCUCCGAUUCUAACUGAACGUACGGUGCUGGAUCUGUAGUCUUUUAAUAAAUGACUCG